GCUUUACGCUGGACCGGCUAACAAAGCCUGAAGAUUUUUCGCGACAGCCGUAAUAUGUAUGAGCGUGGUCGGCUUUCGGCCUGAGCGGUCGAUGGGCAGUUGGGAUAGCUCGAGGAUCGCUAGCACACUUACCUUCUCAGAGACAAGCACACCGCGGCGAUGGAAUCCUGCUGGACCCGAUGCCUACCGAAGUCCGUCAACAGGCAGCUGCUGCCGCUGAAGGCCCACUUUUUUCUCUACCUGGCUGGACAAGCAUGCGUGUCCCCGUACCUGGCGGUGAUCGGGCGACAGGUAGGAAUAAACGCUGCCACGAUCGCUGUCAUCUUCGCCAUAACACCAUUGGCCGCCGUCAUCGUAAAGCCGCUGUGUGGAGUUGUCAUCGACCGGACGCAAAACGCCACUGCCGUAAUUGUCUUUCUUCAAGCCAUCUUGAUCGUCUCCCAUGGGGUUGUUUUCUUCAGCCCCAGCUUCAAAGCCGACGCGGGUAGUUUGUUCACCGGUUACAUAAACUGCAACUCUAGUCAGCUGAUCGUAUCGAACGCAAGUCCGGCCGCUAGCGUUCUCUCCGGGGCUAGCGAAAGUGCCCCGCUUCCCUGCAACUUGACAGUGAUUGACGAUGACUAUUCAGUGAACGUCAACGUCACGAGUGCCUCGUACACCCUGGUUAACUUAAGAGGCCUGUCCGACAUAUGCAUGAAUGCGAUGGUUAACGAGAGCGUUGCCAGUGAAAUUUUCGCCGCCCUGCACUGUCCACGCGAUGCCACUCAGUACGACGGCAAAUUCUGGAUCUACACCAUUUCGAUCGUCGUCGCCUGGACGUCUGCGGUAACCCUGUACACCGUCACGGAUGCUGCCGUCUGCGAGUUGCUGGCCGACAACGUGAGCGCUUUCGGGCGCCAACGUCUCUGGGGCACCAUCAGUUGGGGCGUUGUGAGCCCGCUGAUCGGAUUCAUGAUCGACGAAGCCAGUGACCCUACCCACACCGACUACAAGCCGGGCUUCUAUUUCUUCGCGGCCUUCAUGGCCUUGGACGUGUUCCUCAUACUCUGCAUGCCCCGCUUGCGUACGGCAGACUUGUCCAUGAACUUUCUCAGGGACAUCGCGACCCUGUUCUGCAACGCCGAGAUCGUGCUGUUCAUCGUGUGGACGUUCGUAGCUGGCGCCCUCAUGGGUGUCGUAUGGUCCUUCAACACAUGGUAUCUGGAAGACCUGCACGCCUCUAAGCUCUUGAUCGGCCUGACCAACACGGUGAUGUGCUUGUGCGUGGAGUUACCGUUUUUCUUCAUUUCCAAAACAAUACUCGAGAGCAUCGGGUACUACUUAUCCUACUCGGCGGCUUUACUGAUGUUGUCAAUCAAGUUCAUCGGCUAUUCGUAUCUUGUCAAUCCCUGGUACGGGCUCAUCGUGGAUAUCCCGGGCGGCACCGUCUUUCCACUCGCCUACUCCGCCAUGACUGUGUUCGCCAAGCGGGCGGCUACUCCUGGGACGACUGCUUCGAUGAUGUGCAUCUUGGGCUCGACUUUGGAAGGUCUCGGCAUCGCCGCCGGAAAUCUACUGGGCGGAAUGAGCAUUGACAAAAUCGGCGCCCGGCUCACAUUCCGCUAUCUCGGCUACGUAUCUGCGGGGUGCGCAAUUUUGUGCACUCUGACCUACCUGUGUCUUCGGUACCUGGGCAGUGGCCGUUUAGGGGCUACUCCCCGAUCGGAGAAGCUCGGCCUGACGGGUGCCAAGGAACAGGAUGCCCGGCUGUGUGACAUUGCUGCCAACAACGAAUGCGCCGAGGGCACUUACUUGUGAGAAUUCCCCGGUUGCUGCGCACAUUGGUUUCCCGGAGCACAGCUGCAAAGCGACUGUUCAGUCAUCACCCGCAUAGGGACGUUCGGAUCUUCGAGGACACCACAGGAACCUACCCUUACUCAGUGACAUUCAAUCCUGCCAAUCUCACGGCUUUUUUUAGCCAUUGGGAGACCUGUGUACUGAACCUCGGCAACUCUGCGCUGGUGUAGGUGCCAUGUGUUCGUGCUUUUUCAAGACUAGGCCUUGCGAAGCUGAUAAGUAUUGGCGUAACGUACUAUGUGAAGGUGGCGUGCGUCACCGUUGUCGAUAGAACACUCUGCGUGCGUCAACGUUGUCGAUAGAACACUCUGCGGAAAGCGUCAGAAAUAUCGGUAGCUGCGGCUUGAGUCAGGCAUGGUUAUCUUCACUGUCUGAAAGUGCUUUAUUUAAAAUAUCGUUAGAGUUACGCGCACGUAAAACUUGUGCCACCUAAUCUAAGCACCUUCAGCAUAUUUUAACUUCGGAUCGCGAAAUAAGCGUUGUCUUUUCGUGGUUUGAUACUGACAAUAAUUUUAUCUGCUUCCAAUCGUAUUUCCUGAACAAUGGUGCUUCUGAGCAUAAGUUAAAUCAAAUCGUCCUUUGACAGAACUGAUGUGCGCGAGAGAAAUGCACAGUUCGUUUGAGAAACGGCUGUCGCCUUUGCUUGGCCCCAAAUGCGCUUAAGAACGACGCUGCGCACGAUCUGUCACUUGUUUAGCGUUGGCCACCGAAAUGUUACACUGCGCGUUUUUAUUAGGCGCGCAUUUACCAUAUAGAAGCUCGCAGCUUUUGCGCGACUAGUGAGGCUACGUGUGUUUUCAAGUGGCACAAGUGGCAGCUAAGACUUAGUUUUCCUGAUUGCAUUUCGCGUGGCUAAGCAGCCGGCGUUGUGGGAUCAUUAAACAUACGGUGCGAUGAAGCUUACGAAACGCGCAGGUGUAAGUGCAUGCGUUGAGCUCGUCUCGGGUCGUGUGUUAAAAUCGUCACGCUUGUUGUACUGCAGAGCAGCUACCAUUCUCAGAGCAGCUACUGUUCUAGGCGAGGUGAUCUCAAAAAGAUUGAGAACAAAAAUUCUUGCCUUAGUCAGAGGCGUUCACAGGGUCCGAUAUCACCAUCUCAUUUGUACUAUCGCUUUUUUUUUCAAUACCUGCAGCUUUACGAAGAAAACGGGAGUUUGUGCACACGGUUUUUCUUAUCCUUUCAUUAGAGCGCUUUAGUGCACGGUUGCAUUUCAAAAUGCGUCGCCGGGAAAUCUGGGAAUCCAUUGACAAAAGUGCCUCAAGAGGACAAGGGACUCUUCAGAGAAGCGGUGUUGUGCCAUUUAAGUUCUUCGUGGAGCUCACCUCACAAGCCAUGUGUGACCAAGGGUUUCAAAAGCAACCAAGCCACUUUACUGCUCCGCAUUCGAAUGGGCUCUGCUCGUACCCCUGCGUGGAUGUAUGAGACUGGCCUGGCGUUGUCUCCAUUAUGUUCAACCUGUGGUGCGUGAGGUGACAUAGAACAUUACCUUAUGUGCUGCACUCUGUAUAACGCGGAAAGGAGUGUGUUAUUCGGGUCGCUCAAGAAGACAGGAAUCCCUCACAGCUCUCUUCUGGACAUUGUUUUCCCGCGCGGGAACCAGUUGUGUAGGAAGGAGGUUUCUCGCCUUCCUUUAAAUUACCUGCAGGACACGGAUUUGGCCACCACAUGGUGACCUUAGGAGUGACUAUGUGUAGUUGGGAGGUCUGUGUCUGAUUUAUGUGAUUUAUGUAUUUGAAGUGUCGCUAUGGUGGAGCAAUUGCCGGAAGCAACUGCAAGGCUAAUCCCAGCAGUAGCCUACUCAACUCAACUCAACUGGGCUUACAAUUACUGUGGGGUUGAUUCCUGGUAUACCUGAAGUGUCAGCCACUUUACUCAUUUUGCUCCUGAGCUACAUAUAAAACGAAAAUGACCCAAGUUGGGUCGGUAACUACGUUUUUGAGCUGGAUACUGUUUUACUUGUUUUUGUUCGGAUCUUGACUGUGAAUAGCACCGUGUUAAAGUAUUAACACAGUGAACGUAGCGACCAGUGUCUACAAUUAGCUAUAGUUUUCGUUUCAGAAAGAAUUUUACACCAUGUAUAUCUUCUUCCCGAGUGCAUCUAUUGUGGUAUGAGUGCCGAGGAGAUUUUGCACUCAAUAAACAUUUUGUUUUUGAA